CCUGAUGCACCUCCAGCUAGGCGAGACCUCGAACGUCGUCGUCUCUUCCCCUGAACUGGCCAGGGAGUUCCUCAAAACCCACGACCAGAACUUCGCCGUCAGGUCUCCCAUGCCGUCGGGCAACAUCAUCUUCUACGACGCCAGGGACAUCCUGUUCUCGCCGUCCGACGGGGCGCACUGGCGGCGGAUGCGGAAGAUCUGCGCCAGCCGCCAUGGAGCUGCUUGGGGAACGGCGGGUGAAGUCGCUCCGGCCCAUUCGAGAAGAAGAGGUCGGGAAGUUAUUGAAGUUUAUCCGCAAUCAGUCACGCGACACAAGGAUGGUGAACCUGAGCGAACUCUUGAUUACGGUAGCCAGCACGAUAGUCUCGUGGGUGGCGUUCGGAAAGAUCCGGGAGCUGGAGGGAUCUUUCCUGUCGCUGGCGCAUCGGGUCGUCCAGGCAAUCGGAGGGUUCAGCGUUGGGGACAUCUUUUCUUCCCGCCGGUUGUUGCAGCUGAUCACCAGAACAGAGAGAAAACUGAGGAAGCUUCACAAAGAAGGAGAUAUGAUCCUCCAAGAGAUAAUCGACGAGCACUUAUGCAGGCGAUCGACGGGAACAAGGAGAGAAACAUAUGAUGAAGGAGAAGAUCUGGUCGAUGUCCUCUUGAAUUGCACCGAUGACCACGUUGAGGUUAAAGCUGUCAUUUUGGUAAGUAUUAAUAUUUUCGAUCAGGACAUGUUCCUAGCUGGGGGUGACUCUUCUCCCGGUGUUGUGGAAUGGGCCAUGUCAGAGUUGAUGAAAAACCCAAAAGAGAUGGAAAAAGUGCAAAGAGAAAUGAGGCGUGUGUUCGACAAAAAAGGGAAAGUCGUGGAUGAAGCUUGUUUUGGUGAAUUACAUUAUCUCAAAUUGGUCGUCAAAGAAACUCUCAGAUUACAUCCUCCUGUUCCUUUGUCGAUUCCAAGAGAGGGUAGAGAAAAGGUUGUGAUUGAUGGAUACCAAGUUCCAACAAAAACAAGGGUCAUCAUCAAUAUGUGGGCCAUCAACCGAGAUCCCUCGCAUUGGACCCAACCAGAUCAAUUUUUGCCAGAAAGAUUCCUCGACACUUCCAUAGACUAUAAGGCUCUCGAUUAUAAGAGGAAUGAUUUUAAAUUCAUCCCAUUUGGAGCUGGACGAAGAAGCUGCCCGGGCAUGAACUACGCGAUUGCUACCGUGUAUUUUAUACUCGCCAAUUUGCUCUAUCAUUUUGAUUGGAAGCUCCCGAAUCAAAUCCAACCCCAAGAGUUUGACAUGGCUGAAGAAUUUGGAGCUACGGUUGCAAGAAAAAAUAAUUUGUAUCUCAUUCCCACCCUUUACAAUGCACCCUAG